AUGAACAGAAGAAAAACAGUCGUUAAGGAGGCAAUAAUUGAUGUUGAGGAUCAAAUCAGUUAAAAAGAAUUGAUGUUUGCAGUAUUGGUUUUUAUCUUAUGAUGAGCCUGUAAUUUAAGUAUACAGAGAUAAUCUCAAUCUAACAGAUAUAUAAGUAGAUUCCAUUACUAAUAUUAUGCAAAAUAUAGAAAUCUUUAAAACAUGGUGUCCUGAAUCUAGUACCUUAUUUGAGUUUACUCGUUUAAUAUGUUAAAAUCUAUAGUAUGAAAGAAUUGAAAAAGGAAAUGCUGUGUUUCAUAUAGGUUAUAAUUCUAACUUAUUACAAGGUGAAUAGGGAGACAAGUUUUACAUCAUCCUUACUGGCAGAGCAGGUGUAUAUAUUCGUAGACAGCAAUAAUAAAUAGAAGCUGAGGAGGGUGCUAUGUUACCAAAAAUUGAAAAAAUUCUUGAAAGAAUGCAAUUUAAAACAAUUGAAGAAAUUGAUUAAGAUCAAAAAUUGUCAUUUUAUGAAAAGCUAAUAAAAAAAUAAUCAAAACCAGUAAAAUAAAUAGAAGCAGAAUUAUUAUUGUUACAUGUGGGUAAUUUCGAUAUGUAUUUUACUAUUAAUGGAAUAUGUAAAUUCUAGUAAUUGUCACAAGUGCAUUCUGGUCUCUUUUUUGGAGACAUGGCUUUGACAACUGAUAAACCUAGAGCAGCAAGCAUUAUUGUUGUAACUGAUGUAUAAGCCUUAUCACUUAAUAAAGCCAAUUUCAAAGUAAAAAAAUAAAUCUUAAUCUUCUAUAGAAAAUCUUUGAAAAAUAGAUCAAAACACAAUAAGAAAAAAUAGAUUAUUUUCUUAAGAUGUUUCCAACUAUGACUAAAUUCAAAAUGAGUAAACUGAUUAUGUAUUUCACUUAAUACAAAUAUCCUGUCAAUUACACCAUCUGGAAAUAAAAUGAUGUUGUAGACGGAUUCUUCCUCUUAAAGGAUGGAGAAAUCCAACUCUAAUAGACCGUUGAUUUUAAUCCACUUCUAAAGUCUGAUUAGAAUCAAAUUGCCUUAUCUCCAAAAAAAGAGAAAACUAAUCAGAAGGAACUCGUAACUGUAUAAUUCUUAUUCAAUAUAUAGAUAGCUCAUCUUACAGGUGGAUGCUUCGUUGGUGAAACUGACAUCUAUUUGUAGAAUGAAAAAAGAGAUUUCAGUGUUAAAACAUUGACUCAAUGCAAUGUAUUUACAUUGCAAUUAGAUAAUUUUGCGAUUGUUAAGAAAUCCUUUCCUGAAUUCAUUAUACCUCUCUAAACUCUACAAAAAAAAAACAUUGCAUUGUAUAGAAAAAGAUUAGAUGAAAUUAUGUAAACAAAAAUAGCUAAUAUAAAUCUACAGAAAAAAGAAGAAAUCAAAAAUAUUGAAAGGAGAUACAUCAACGAAAUAGAAAUUAAAUUGCAUACACAAAAUUCUUACUAAGAAUAAUCCUCCCCUAUUUUGAGAUCCACAUUACAACCUAAAAUGACUAAAUAAUAAAUGGUUGAAUAAAAUUUGUCUAUUGCUGAUUAACAUACAAAAUCUGAUAUAGCAGCUGGUAAAAAUGAGGAAUUUAAUAUGCUAAAAAUGGCUGGAGAAAACUUCUAAAAGUGUUUGCUUAUCAGAGUAGAAAAAUAAUUCGAAUAAUUUUAACCAGCAAAACCUAAGUAUUUAUUCUAAAUUUAUUAUAUAAGAGCUAAAACACCUUACUUUAGUAAACACCAAAAAGAUAUUAAAGAUCUACUCGAAUAAAUUAGAAGACAUCAAUUACCUUCGGUUUUAUAAAAAGAACCAAUUGUAUUUAAUUAAUAACAAGAAGAUGAUUUACAAAAUAAUCUGCCAUUCUUAACCAUGACCAAAUAAUAAUUAAGAAUAAUUAAUCCUUUGAUUUAAUAAAAGGUUGAAAUACUCAAAUAAUGCCUAAGUCGUUAAUCUCAUACAUCUAUUUCGAAAUCUAAAUCUUUAUGUUAAACAGCGGAUCAAUUUUAUAAAUCUAAAGCAUAACAAGGAUUUAUACUUUGUGAUUCUCUCUUUCCGUAUAAACCAGUUCAUAGUACUAAAAAUAGCAACAAUCAACACUAUAGUAAUUUUAAAGUUUUCCAAAGAAAUAAGACAACACAAUAAAGUCAAAUAUAAAAAAGAUCAUGUUAAGACAUUACAGACACUAAUUUUUUUAGUUCACAACCUACAGUCUAACUCACGUGA